GGUUUCUUUAGGCCCGAAGGAUUGGAGAAGAUAAGCAACUAUGGUGGAGAUUAACCCUGAUUUUAUCAGCCCUUUACCCCAUGAUGUCAUCCAUGCCAUUUUUUCGUUCCUACCAUUGAAGCAUGCAGUUAAAACUAGCAUUCUUUCAACUGUCUGGAGAAGCCUUUGGAUGCCAAUCCAUGUCAACUUGGACGUUGCUUUGGAUCAAAUAGUGAACCCUGAGGUUAGUAAAGAGGUAACAAGAGUGAUUGCUACCUUUUUAAUCUCUUGCAAUUGUCCACGAAAGCUCUAUCUUGGAAUUCCCAUGAGUGAAAAAAUGAAGCUGCAGAUGAAGAAUGAAUGGUUUCUCUUGGCUACCAAGGUGGACGAGAAAGAACUUUAUCUAAGCUUUUCUGAGGAAAAUCGACCAACAAAGGAUCACUUCCAUUUGAUACUGGAAGUGGGCAGUUCUCCAAAUCUUGAAAACUCCUUUACAGAAGCCUCUAGAUUUGCUUCUCUCAAGGUUCUCCAUCUCAGAUCAAUAACCCAUCUAGACAAGAACAUGGUUGCAGCUUUGUUCUCUAACUCUCAGCUUCUUGAGGUCUUAAAGCUUGUUAAAUGCAGUGGCCUGCAACAUCUAGAUCUUAAAGGCGGUAGCCAUUUCCAGAGCUUUGAAAUGCUGGAUUGUCCGGAAGUGGUUAACAUCAAUCUUGCUGCUCCUAAGCUUAAAUCAUUUCGGUAUCGUGGAGUCCUUCCACGCAUUCAGAUAAAGAAAGCUUCGGGUUUUACUGAUGCGUUGCUUGAUUUCAGAGAUGGUCCUGGCCACGUUGAGUUUGACUGCGAGGAACUUGUUACUCUUUUAAAAGCUCUAAAGGAUGUGGAAAUCUUAACUCUCAGCGGCUGGCUUCUUGAGUGGAUGUGCUCAGCAGGAGUUAUUUUUGGAAAGCUCGGGUUCCAAUUCAACAAGCUAAAAGAAUUAUGGUGGAUGGGGUCCCAGAUGGACAGAACAAACCGUGAUUCACUAGCUUGUUUCCUGAACUUCACCCCUUCAUUGGAGAGGCUAUUCAUAGAUAUUAACACGCAGCUAGACUAUGUUCCUUGCCCGCCUUUUCACCAUUACUGGCACGAGCCUCAUCUCUGGAUGGAUUAUGCAGCCGUGAAAUGUAAUGCUUUACCACUCGAACGUCUCAAAACAGUUUUCAUUGUAGGCUUUACCAAACAAGAGGAAGAGUUAUUGUUAAUGGAUCUUUUACUUGAGAAGGCAUCUGAAUCUGAACUCACUUCGAUGAUAGUAAAAUGCCCAGAAAAUGAUUCAUGGCGGGUGGCAAAGAUCCCUAGAGGCCGUUGGCUCCUGCGAACUUGGAUUAGAAAGUGGUUUUCAGUUUCAUCUUCAGAUCAAGAUGAAUGGCUCUUCGGAUAUGUAGACCAAGAUUAUUGCAGGGACCUAUGCCCAGCUCAUAGCACAGUGUUUUAAUUAAGAAAAAAUAUAGUUGUAAGCAUAAUUGUGUACUAAUCUGUGCACUAAUAUGAUGUGAUUAGUCAAAAAAUAGAUUUUAUUGAAAA